AGACGUCCAAAAUUCGAAUUUCCGAAUUAUUUGUUUUGAUUUUUUUCACUUUGGAUUUGUUUUCGUUGAUUCUGCAGUUGUUUUCCUAAUUUGAUAUGGCAUUUAAUUAGAUUUUCCCUAAAUUAUGUGGAAAAAGGUUACAGGGUUAUGAUUAAGAACUUGUGAUUGCUGCGGGGAUUUUAUUUUUCGGUUAUGAUAGUGUCACUGUUAUGAUUUAUCUCGUAAAUUAGCGCGGACUGCAAUGGCGCACCGUUCCAGAACGGAGGAUCUGGAGCGCAUCUUGGCCGACGAGCGCAUCAACAUGGAUGAACUGCGUGCAGCUUGUUUUCAAGGCGUUCCCGACGAAUCUGGCCUGCGCCCAAAAUGCUGGAAAGUGAUGCUAAAUUACCUCCCACCGAAGCGUGCGGAUUGGGAAUCGACGUUAAAUCGUCAAAGGAAGCUGUACAUGCAGUGGGUGCAGGAGAUGAUUAUUUAUCCGGGCGAGCACGAGAUUCCCAGUGAUGGACGGCAGGAUAUCACGUGUGAUGAUCAUCCGCUGAAUCCCAAUCCGCAGAGUAAUUGGAGCGCGUAUUUCAAGGAUAAUGAAGUGCUCAUGCAGAUCGACAAAGACGCCAGGCGAUUAUAUCCCGACAUGUGCUUCUUCCAACGCCCCACCGACUACCCCUUCCUCAUGGCGCACAAGACGCACGCCGCCGCGGAAUACCUGCGCAAGCGCAUCGAUCACUGCGUGCUCAAGUGGUCGGCGGUGGUGAAGAACCGGUCGGGCGGGUGGAAUAUGAGCAGCGGCGGCCGGAAGCGGACCGAGUACGAGAAUCUGUCGGAGAACGAGGAGGCCCACUGGGAGGUGGUGGAGCGCAUGCUCUUCAUCUACGCCAAACUCAAUCCCGGCCAGAGCUACGUGCAGGGCAUGAACGAGAUUAUCGGGCCCAUUUAUUACACCUUUUCCACGGAUAAGGAUGCCGCCUUCCGAGAGCACGCGGAAGCUGAUACAUUUUUCUGUUUUACGAAUUUAAUGGGCGAAAUUCGGGAUCGAUUUAUUAAGCACCUGGACGAAUCAGCCAGCGGAAUCGUGAGCUCCAUGAACCGUUUGAUGGAGCUGUUAAAGCAGACGGACCGCGUUCUGUGGGCGUGGUUGGAGGAAUUGGACCUGAAACCGCAGUACUACAGCUUCCGCUGGCUGACCCUCCUCCUCAGCCAGGAAUUCGCCCUGCCGGAAGUGCUGCGCCUGUGGGACAGUCUCUUCGCCGAUCGGCAGCGCUUCGACUUCCUCCUCGACAUCUCCUGCGCCAUGAUCAUUUUAAUACGGGAUCAGCUGUUGGAUGGGGAUUUUGCAUCUUCCAUGAAAUUAUUACAGAAUUAUCCCAAUCCGGAUGUACAUAAGAUCCUCGUCAAGGCCGUCCAGCUGCGCAACGCCCGCAAACCCGCCUCCUCGUGAUAACAUUCCGUUGGACUGAGUUUUUGUUAUAUUGUUGCCAGUAUAAAUUGAAAUGAAUUUUUUAAUUGAUCUUAACCGCCUUUUGAUUUGUGUGUGGAUGGAUUGGUGAGCAACGACGGUGUGUGUGCCUCAGCGAUACGUUUCAGUGGAGUUUCCGGUUUUUACAACGAGAUUACUCGGCGCUUUCUCGUGGUGGUAAUGUGCUUCCCGAUUGGAAAUCUGCUGAAAGUGGUUUUUUUAUUAAUUUUAUUUGGUGGGUGGGCGGUUUUUGCUAACCGGGUGUCUGAUUGGUUGUUGAUUUUCUGAACCGCUCAAAAAUUCUUCCCGAUAAUACUGCAAUAAAUUCUGUGAGAUAGAA